AUGGCAAAUUAUUCCUACCUGAAGAAAAAUUACACCUACCUCAAGAAACCACCACAGCGGCUCCUGGAAGCACCACCACCCAACCUCCUAGAACUACCACCAGCGAGGCUCCAGAAACCACCACGACUGCGGCUAUUGGGACCACCACCACCCAACCACCCAGAACCACCACCUCUGAAGCACCCGGAACCACCACCACCACUAAUCCCAGAACCACCACCACUGCGACUCCAGACACCACCACCAUCCAACCACCCAACCACCACCACCGCGGCUCCCGGAACCACCACCACCGCGGAUCCAGACAUCACCACCACCGCGGCUCCCGGAACCAACACCACCACCACCACAGCUCCCAGAACCACCACCACCGCCAGCAGUGUCAUUUCACCAGGUCUCUGCAAAAACAAUUCCUGUAGCAGUGAUGCUUCGUGUGUGGAACUGAAUAAUAAGUACUUCUGCCUGUGUAUUGAUGGGUAUUACUAUAAUUCUUCCACAUGCAAGAAAGGAAAGGUUUUUCCUGGAACGAUUAAAGUAAACGUGUCAGAAACAUCUGACUUGCAAGAUGAAAAGUCGAUGGCCUAUGAAAACUUAUAUAUGGAUACUGUAACAUUUGUAAGUAUUUUCCAACCUUCCUUCCUGUGUAACACUGAGUCGCAGAGCAUAGCGCUGAUACUCAGGUGGUACAGCUGUUCCAGUGCUGCCCGUGACGUCUCCUCUUAUUUGGUCCACGUUCCCAUUUGUCAGCUUGAUGAGAGUCAGCACGUGGAAGAAGGCAACGUCAAGGGGCUCCUCUUUCUGGAGAGCCCUGGAUUUUCUCGUUUUAAAGGUACAUUUGCAAAUUCGGAUUUUGGACAGACGGUGAUUCAUAAAGUGAGGAUACCUGCUUCAGCAAGAUCUGAAAUGCGUGCUGGGUACAAGCUUGUGGAUGUAACAGUAGUAAACCUUUUUGCAGAAAAUUCAAAAGAAAAUGAGAUGACCGUAUCUAGCGCAAUUAAGAAAGCAAUUGAAAACAACCGUGAUAACUUUACGGACUAUGCUACACAAGAUCGAUGUGAUUUCUACGGUUGUGAGAAGGCGAAUGACCAAGACGACUGCAGGGACUUCUUACAGUGCAAGUGCAAACCGGGGCUAUCAAGGCCCAACCCACAGACCGCUUUGUGUCUUGCUUUGGGUCCAAAGUGUCCCGAUAACUGCAAUGCAGAGCACAACAUGCAGUGCCUGGUGCGGAGCGGUGGGAGCCCUGAAUGCGUGUGCCUCUCCGGCUACCAGAAGGAUGCACAGGGGAGCUGCCAAGCGUGUCCAUUUGGCUACAGUGGAGUCAACUGUGAAGACGAACUUCAGCUGAUUCUCACUAUCGUGGGCACCAUUGCUGGCAUCCUCAUCCUUGGCAUGGCGAUUGCACUUAUCAUUCUGAGAUCAAAGAAGAAUAAGGAUGUUGAAGAACAGAACCUGAUUGAGAACAACUUUCUGAGGAUGAGGACAACAGGCUUCACAAAUCUCGGAGCAGAAGGGAGCAUCUUCCCUAAAGUCCGAAUCACCCUCCAGGACGGCCCCUUGCAGAAUUCCUACUGGCAGGAUCCCUACUUACCGAGAAGCAUGCCCCGCCCCGACUACUAGGAAGGUAAAACAGUUGGAACCAUCCAGGGCCCGUAACUCAGUGUCUGAGCUUUUCUUUGACUAAGAGACUGGUGGAGCCGUGAGGAGCAGUGAAGACCUGGCCUGGUAUUGUUCUCCCACCUGACAUCCAGCCUCUCUGAGUGGAAGUUGGGAAUGUUGGCAAUGACGACAGCUUGUUUGCUAUCUAAGUCCCUAUGAAAUUAAAGACACUCGAAUGCUAUUAGCACUUUUAAGACAGUUGAUUUUCUUUCAUCAGUACAAUGGUUAGGGUUU